CACCUCCUCGCUUAAAAAACGUAUUAGCUAUAGAGAAGAAGAGAAACUCUCACCUCUUCCCUGGAAAAAUAACACGCCAAUAAAGCUAACAAAGCUAACACAAAAACACAAAAAAAAAAAAAAUCUCUGCCUUUUCUUUUACCUUCUCUGAAAUCCCAGUCACAAUCUAUUUUUCAAGUCCCUUUAGAUAAAACAGACUAGAGACUCUGAUUAGAUAUACCCACUUCCCUGUUCUUCAAUUUGAUCUAAAUUUUGCAGUUUUCUUAUUUUUGGGCUGAAAAAAAGUUGUAAUUCCCUUCAAUUAUUGACAGAUGCAGAUGGGUUUUGAGGAAUCAUGGGUCUUUCUGAUAUGUUUGAGAUUUGAAGUUUGCUGAUCAAUCCAUUAUUUAAGAAAUUUAGAUCUCGUUUGCCAAGUUUGGGCACUGCAAAACUUGGGCAGUGCCCAUGGAUGCCACAACAAGCGGAACCCCAACUAUACAAUACCAUAACAUACCUGAUCAACCAAUUACUGCUAUUGUUGCUGCUCCUGUACCCACAUUUCAGCGACAAGUACGUCAUUGCUUUGGGGACUCCACUCCUGGAGAAUUCCCUUUGGCUGCUAAUCCUUCCAUUGUUCUUCAUGUCCUUACCGCCUGUAAUUUGGAUCCUCAAGAUCUUGCAAAACUAGAGGCAACAUGCUCCUUCUUUAGGCAGCCAGCAAACUUUGCCCCAGAUUAUGAAUUAUCCAUAUCGGAGCUUGCUGCUCUUGACAUGUGCCAAAAAAGAGCUAUAUUUAAGCCAAUGACUGACGAAGAACGUCAAAAUUUGAAGCAAAGAUGUGGGGAAUCGUGGAAAUUGGUCCUGAGGUUUCUGCUGGCUGGGGAAGCAUGUUGCAGGAGGGAGAAAUCACAGGCAAUUGCAGGGCCUGGUCACAGCAUUGCUGUGACAUCAACAGGAGUAGUUUACUCAUUUGGCUCUAAUAGCUCAGGACAGUUAGGACAUGGCACUACUGAAGAAGAAUGGCGGCCUCGGCAAAUAAGAUCUCUGCAAGGCAUUCGAAUCAUCCAAGCAUCUGCUGGGGCUGGCAGGACAAUGCUGAUUAGUGAUGCUGGGAGAGUUUAUGCCUUUGGCAAGGAUUCCUUUGGUGAAGCAGAAUAUGGGGUUCAAGGAACUAAGCUAGUUACAACUCCGCAGCCUGUUGAGUCUUUGAAAGACAUAUUUGUGGUGCAAGCUGCAAUUGGAAACUUUUUCACUGCUGUAUUAUCCAGAGAGGGCAGAGUUUACACAUUCUCCUGGGGCAAAGAUAGCAAGCUUGGUCACCAAACUGAGCUAAAUGAUGUGGAGCCCCAGCCCCUACUGGGGGCACUAGAGAACAUACCAGUAGUGCAAAUUGCAGCUGGAUACUGCUACCUCCUUUGCCUAGCUUGUCAACCAAGUGGCAUGUCAGUGUACUCUGUUGGUUGUGGCUUGGGUGGGAAGCUUGGGCAUGGCUCAAGAACUGAUGAAAAGCACCCUCGAUUAAUUGAACAAUUUCAGCUUUUGAACCUUCAGCCAGUGGUGGUUGCUGCUGGUGCUUGGCAUGCAGCUGUUGUUGGUCGAGAUGGACGGGUUUGCACAUGGGGUUGGGGACGUUAUGGGUGUUUAGGUCAUGGAAAUGAAGAGUGUGAAUCAGUUCCUAAGGUGGUGGAAGCAUUAAGCAAGGUCAAAGCAGUUCAUGUUGCUACAGGGGACUACACAACUUUUGUGGUAUCUGAUGAUGGUGAUGUAUACUCUUUUGGUUGUGGGGAAUCCGCUAGCCUAGGACAUAAUAGUGUUGCUGAAGGACAGGGAAAUAGGCAUGCUAACGUGUUGAGCCCAGAACUGGUGACGUCAUUGAAGCAAGUGAAUGAACGGGUGGUACAGAUCAGCCUUACAAACUCAAUAUACUGGAAUGCCCAUACAUUUGCACUCACUGAAUCAGGGAAGCUUUACGCAUUUGGCGCAGGAGACAAAGGUCAGCUAGGCAUAGAGCUAGUUAACAAUCAGACAGAAAGGGGAAACCCUGAGCGGGUUGAUAUCGAUCUCAAUUAAGAAUUCAGUGGUUUCCCCCCGCAUCUCUUACACCAUGUCAUCCAUUAGCUUAUCAAACCACACAUUGCAUUUGGUGUUUAGAUUUCCAUGUUUAUUUUGUAAAUAGAAACAAACCAAAGAAUUGUGAAGAUUUAAGUUAGGUAGCAAGGGCCCAAGCAAAUGGUUCAAGAUCAGUUUCCUAAGAAAAUGGUUAGCACAUAGGGCUUAAGUUGUUAAUAGUUGAAACUUCUGUUAAGGCUCAUUGAUUACUUGUGUUAAAAUUGCAUUCUUAAUUUCACUGAUGCUCAACUGGUUCA